GCCGCAAUCCAAAGAAAAUCUUUGGCGCGCCGCGUAGGUGCAUUAAAAUCGAAACGCGAUAACCCACAUUUAUCGCGCCUGCUCAGUGUGUUGCCUAACCUUCGGGCGUCUAGCUGGCGAAUGAUCAUUUCACCGUGCGACGAUGCCGGGUUGCACAGCUCUCGACCGAUUCGAACUCAUUUAUAUUUCGUUGUGUAUUAAGCUGGUCAAUUAUUACUGAACUCGACGUUUUUUUCACAAAUUUUAGAUACGUUGAUUAAAAUAUAUUGAUAAAAGAAUUUAUGGCUACCUUUUUAAUAUAAUUCAAAUAAUCUCGUAAGGAAUUACGAGCAAUAUGGCAACGAUGUUUAUUUAGAAAUUGGAAAAAGACGUUUGAUGACCAAUUUUGUCUUUAAUCCGAAGAAAUCCUUGAUUUUUUUACUAAAGAAGUACACAGAUAUUCCAAUAAGUAUUCGAUUCAAUUAAAACUCGUCCAAAUUAACAUUGAAAACGAUGGGCGAUGAACCAGUUAUGGCAACUAACGACGAUGCUAGCGAAUGUAAGAGAGGUGCCGUGCAAUUAGGCUAUUGGACCGAUAAUUACAUCUCGUAUUUUGUAAGGAACAUCGACAGGCGUGCCCCAGAAAUAAACAGAGGCUACUUUGCUCGUGUGAAAGGUGUCGACAACUUUAUCCAAAGAUUUAUCGGCAAAGCCGGCAGUAAUGCACAAAUCAUAAAUUUUGGAGCGGGUUUCGACACGUUAUACUGGCGUUUAAAAGACGAAGGUGUAGUUAUUUCGUGUUACGUAGAAUUAGACUUUCCCACAGUUACAUCAAAAAAGUGUUACAUGAUCAAAAGAAACAAGCCUUUGCUGGACAGAAUAUACGAACAAGAUGGCGAAGUGAGAUUUAGCUCUACAGAUAUGCAUUCGGGAAAUUAUCACUGUCUUGGAGUAGAUUUAAGGAACAUUUCAGUAUUGAAAGACAAACUACAUCAAGCAGAAAUUAAAUAUGAUAAACCCACGUUGUUUAUUUCUGAGUGUGUUCUAGUGUACAUUGAGAGUGAAUGUGUAAACCGCCUGUUGCAGUGGUUAUCAAGCACAUUUUCUACAGGUUUAUUUAUAAACUACGAAAUGUGCAACAUGAAUGACACAUUCGGCGAUAUAAUGAUGGGAAACUUAAGAGCGAGAGGCUGUAAUUUAGCUGGUAUUGCACACUGUAAAAACCUUGAGACCCAGAGAGGGAGAUUUCUCAAUAACGGUUGGAUAGGAUCGAAAGCUUGGGAUAUGGUCGAAGUAUACCAUUCAUUAGAUCCGACAGAGAGAAAUCGCAUAGAGAAACUUGAAUUUCUUGAUGAGCAAGAGUUACUAGUGCAGCUUUUUCAACACUAUUGCAUCUGCAUUGGGUGGUUGAGUAAUGACUUUGCCGAUUUUGAUAUUCACACAUAAGUUUUUGAAGAGAUUGCUUUUCCCCCCUUUUUCUUUAAUAAGACUGUGAUAUUUUGUGAGGAUGCAAAUUUGUUUCUAGUUGUGUUUUUAAUGUCAAGUAUUUUCUCUUACAUGUCAUUGUGUGAUAUAUGUAACUAUAUUAUGUCUAAAAAUAAAAAUUAUUUAAAUCUA